AUGGCACUGCUCUUCAUUGACUUCUCUAUGCCUCAAGCAGCACCUUAUACUGCCAAGUUUCUUUGGCUUUCUCAUCGGCAGUCAUCUACUGGGUUAUACUCUAUCGGAAACGGUGAUGUAUGCUUCGUCCUUUUCAAGGUACUCACCCUGUCAUGGCUUCGAGAAAGUUGUAUGGACUAUCUGCUUGCCCCAUUUGCCGCAGCAAUGGGAGUGGCGAAGGAAAGAAAACGCAUCCGAUUUUCAGAGCAGGGCUGGGUCCUCAUGUAUUACACUGUAUUUUGGCCGUUAGGAAUGUUCAUUUGGACCAAAGAGUCUCAUUUUGCAAACAUGGACCAUCUUUGGACUGGUUGGCCACAACGAGAUAUUGAUGGGCUGACCAAGUUUUACAUUUUGACGCAGCUAUCUUAUUGGAUACAGCAAGUCAUCUCGGUGAACAUUGAGGCUCGUCGAAAGGACUACUGGUUAAAUGUAGUACAUCAUUUUAUCACCAUCACGCUCAUUCUCGUAUCGUAUGUCUAUCAUCACACCCGAGUCGGAGUUUUGAUCUUGGUUAUGAUGGAUGCUAUAGAGAUACUUUUCCCAUUUGCCAAAUGCCUCAGAUAUCUGGGCUAUACUACUCUUUGUGAUGUAGUCUUUUGCCUAUUCUUCAUAACAUGGGUGUUAUCCCGCCACGUUUUGUAUCUCAUGACUUGCUGGAGUGUGUACUCAGAUGUUCCUCGAAUAAUGGAGGUGUCUUGUUUCAUAGGCUCUGCCGGUAAUCUCCAUGGUCCUCUGCCUGUUCCCGACAACUGGUGGCACUUGAUUGAACCAUGGCUCUACCCCAAUGGCAUUGUUUGCCACAGCAACGGCUUUAGGAUCAGCAUCUUGGUAUAUCUCCUUCUUCUUCAAGUCUUGAUGAUGAUGUGGUUCGGAUUCAUCUGCAAAGUUGCCAUUGGCGUCCUCGAUGGAAGGGUGGUAGAUGAUGUGAGGAGCGACGAAGAAAGUGACGAAGGGUCUCAGAUUACCGAACUUGAGAAAGAUACAAAUUCUUUUGCAACUGUUUCUAGCUGGCAGGAAUCUCGACUACAACCCAGACGUAGUGCUCGGUCUAGUAGCGCAGCACAAAUAGGGAAUGACGGCAACGGCUACUUGAAACGCAAAGCUCAUGGCAAGGGGGAGUAA